AUGCUCACGUUCUGCUCCAUAUCAGGACAGGGUCCUGGGACAGCCCAGCCAAGGGCCCUUGCUCUGUGCCUGCCAGGCUGCUAUUCCCUGUUGGUGCACUGUGGCAAAUGCUCUGCCUGGGCCUCAGUGACUCACUACCACAUCCACCGACUGGAUAACAGAUGGCAUCACAUCUCACCCUGGCUCACCUUCCCCAGUCUGCAGAACUUGGUGGACCACUACUCUGAGCUCAGUGAGGGGCUCUGCCACCCUGUCUCCAAGCCCUGCCCCAUGGUUGUGGCCCCAGCCCCCACAGCACUCACCAUCCUCAGGAAGCCAUCACUCCACUGGGACAAGAUUGAGAGCUGCCUCCUGUUCUUGGAGACCAUAUUCCCACUGGAGGACUCUCCCAUCAGCCAUGGCCUGAGGGAAGCCAUCAGCUCUUACCUCUCAGAGACUGACAUCCCCGAGCCAGACCCCACAGGAAAGGUGGUUGUUAUGGAUGAGUAAAGUAAUAGCCAGCUCUCACAGUUAAGAGAUAGAUAUUAUGUGGAUGUAUAGUGAUGUUACUGUAAUAUGUCCUCCCAUAGACCUCUUUCCCCUCCCCCUUGUAAUAGCCUCGGUAGUGAGGGCAUUUGGGAGGGCCGGCUUGUUUCCAGGCGGCUCAACAUGACAACACCUGGCCUCCAAUCAAGAUGCAAGAAAGUGAUCACCAAAGGAUUGCAGAGACGGACUUGACUGACAAAACUCUGGGGGGGACUAAGGGUAUAAAAGGCAGAGCAUCCAUUUUGUAGAUGAGCUAGUUAGGGAG